ACAAGAUUGAUAUAAAAGUUCGGCGAAAAAUUAGACUUGGUAUCAGUUGUCGUCAAGCAAGGAAUUUAAGCAGAGUAAAUAUUUCACAGGAGAUCCAAGAUGUUUAAGAUCAUCGUACUGGUUGCCUGUUUGGCUGUCUUUGCCUCCGCCCAAGGAUUUGGAGGAGAUUACGGCCAUGAAGAUUAUCACUCUUAUCCGAAAUACAAAUUCGAGUACGGCGUCAAGGAUGAACACACCAAAGAUCACAAGAGCCAGUGGGAGCACCGCGAUGGGGAUCUGGUAAAGGGUCAGUACACUCUGGACGAGGCCGAUGGUACGCAUCGCGUUGUAGAUUAUAAAUCGGAUCAUAAGCUCGGUUUCCAGCCCCAUGUUCAGCGUGAGGGACAUGGAAAGCAUCCACAUGGAGAAAGCUACGCUAACAUUCAUCAACAUUACUAAUGUUGUGUGAUGCAAAGAAGACCAUCUGAAAAUGUGUGAAAAUAUACUGCCAGCUCAAA